AUGUUCUCAGGGGCGUGCUAUCCAGAAAGGGCCCUGGAGUACAUUUGUGCUGCCAGAAGAUCCGUCGACCCUUCGCUCCCACCUCUCACUGAAAAUAUGUGGACUUGCGAAAACAACACAAAAGCUCGGGCAUCUCACUCAGAUAUGCUAGAUGAGGGCACAUGCCGGUUCACCGAUGUUGAAGCCUUCAUUGACUCUGACACGCUUUCCCAGAUGAAAAAGCUGACCUCCAAGAACACUGUUCAGCGUUUCAAGAAGUGGCUCGCACUGGCGAAGAAGGGAAAACUGUCCCAAAAGGCCUUUUGCACCCGACAUCUGAAAAUGUGUCCCAUCCGCAAAAGUUUCCUCAACCCGUCCGGCAGCAUGUGCACAGCCUACAGCACCCUUGGGAACCUUCAAGGGGAUGAGUCUGUGAAUGCUAUCCUUCUGGUGAUAUACAUGGUAUGGUGCUUCAAGAACGGUAUCCCUUUACUUCUGCAUGAGAAUGUGAGGGGAUUUGAGGCAGACCACAUGGUUGAGUUUGCAGAACUGCAUGGGUACGCGCAUGUGCUGAUUACAUGCAAGCCCAUGGAUGUGGGAGUGCACGUGGGCCGUCCGCGAAAGUAUGAUCUCUUCAUGAAAACCUCAGUGCUUGAGAUAGUCGGGGACAUCAAGAAAGCCUACAGCGUGUUUGCGAAGCACAUCCGGGAGACGCUCGAUCCUUGCCAGGUGGAAGACUUUUUCUUCGAGACCGACGAGAAAGCAUUGCGGUUGGAAAUGGAACGCCAUGGUGCAAGCCAAGGACAUGCCCUCACCUGCUCCUUGGCAGACUGGCGGCCGCUCUUGACGGACUACGAGAAUGAGAAUCUUGUUGGAUACAUGAAGAGGCAUGACGCACUGGAAACUGAUGCCAAACCUCCUCCAGUUUUUGCAGUUGGCCAGAAUUUCAAAUCGCACCCCACUGCAGUUGGAGCUGAACUUUGCUUGCCGUGCAUGACAAAGAGUGGCACACGGCGGCUAGUACAUGGAGAAAAACUUCGGUGGCUUACUUGUCGGGAGAAGUUAGCUGCUUCUGGUCUUGCGGUGAGCACCAAACAAGCUCAGGAGGCUGGAAUUCAGGCCCCAGUUCAAUGGGCCUUGGAAAUGGGGUGGCACGAACGUGUUGGAAACGGUAACCAGCUACAAAAUGUGGGGUUAGUGCUACUUGCAGCUUUGGCCAACCUACGAAUCCACCCAGAGGCCCCGAAGGACAUACUUUCCAUCGAACCUGCUUCUCAACCUGAUGGCUUGUCUUGUUUGAAAGGGACAUACAUGCUGAAGGUGGGUGACAAGACAUUUCCUGUUGGGGUGGACAAAGAUUUUGCCUACGCUGCGCACAAGAAAGAAGAAAGGCUUGCGCUGUCAUCGCUGACAAUUGCGCAAAUGAAGGACAAACUUGGAGAGUGGGAGGGCAACGCCACCCAGUUCAAGCAGGCAAAGUCCAAGGAACUCAAGCAGGGCAUCGUUUUGGAGGCUUUCUUCAGGAAAUUUGUGGACCCAAAGUCAGGAGAAAAGACAUCCUCAGCAUCAGGUGCACCUUCGGCACCAAAGACAUCCUCAGCAUCCGUGCCCGCCAAAGGACAGACGGAAAACAAAAAGACUCAAAUAGAGAAUGCAUUGAAUUUUCAAGCCGAUGUGUCUUCAAACAUCGUUUCCGAAGUCCCGCCACUUCUAGCCAAAGUACUUGUCUUCGACCAAGAAUGGCUUGACCUUAUCCUACGAGGGGAAAAGACGCUUGAGCUGAGAAAAUCUUUGGUUGAUGAAAAAGACAGCAUGUACCUGGCUGUCAAAGAUUGCAUUUAUGCAAAAUGCCUGAUUUCUGACCCAAUUGAGAUAUGCAACCUGGAUGAGUUUGAGGCCCUCAUGAAGGCUCACCACUGCACGGUGCCACCGUAUUCUUUUCCCUUCAUGGCUCACAGGGUCAGCAAGUGUCAGAAGCUUGAACCUGUGAAGUUUUUGAAGCUUCGGGGUAGUGUGGGCAGGGCGUUGUUCAGGCCUUUAGGCUGGAAACCAGGAGAAGAGCCCGGGGAAAUGGGUGCAGCAGAGAAAGUAGCAAAAAUGUCGGAAACCAAAGGAGCCAAGACAGGGAAGAAAAAGGAUGAGGAACCAGCCAAAAAGACCUCAUCAGCAAGCACGGGAGAAGAAACUGAACCUGUGGUUGACACUCCAGGCCAAUCAGUGAAGAUGAUCGCGCACAAGGAGCACUUGCUACCAACGGAGCAAAGGUUGAAAGACAAGCUCGCUUGGCUGAAGAAGAACAACAAGAAGGUUCAACUCCACAUUUCUGGGGGAGCAUUGGCUCACAUGUGCAAUGUCGGGAUGAGAAGACCUACAGAAAUGACGCUUUUUUGGCUUGUUGGCACUGUGGAGAAAGAUGAGGUUGUUCAUGUCCAUGGAGUUUGGUGCCCUGAUUGGGAAUCUCAAAAAGAUAUCUAUGCCCUGGACUGGCAGCAUGAAACCUUGGAGUCCUUCCGCGCUGCCCGCAAACAUGAAGUUGUGGGCUGCAACAUUGUCAAGCCUACUGGCAAUGGAAACUUUGAGGAAGCAGAUCUCUUUCUUGCUUGCAAGCAUCAAACAGAUUGCUGUCCAUCCUUUUUGACCCUUGUCACCGGGAAAGAUCGAAAGACGCGAUUCUACAGAGUACCAGAAGAUUUCGUUGACAACGAUGCAGUUGAACUGUCCCAAAUUGCUGAUGCUUCCGAACUAUUCCCUGCAGUGAGCUGGGUGGGCCCUUCUGCAUUGUACUAUGCGUCGCUGGCCAGCGAAGAUGCUGCAAGUUUGAAAUGCUUAGAAGAAGAGGCAGCAAAGGAUCUCUUGCAGAAGAGAGGCAAGAACAGAAAAAAAAUCCAGGCACAAGUGAGACAGGAGAAAACUUCAGGCACAACCUGCAAAGCUGCAGCAACACUGACCGAGAUUGCAGGCGAGCUGGGUGAAUUUGCUGGAUGGCUCACCGAACAUGUGGCUGAUUUUGCAGAACCGGAGAAGGCAAAGUCAGCUGUUGAAACCAAUUUGAAGAAGUAUCCCUUGGCAGCUACAGAGUUGAAGAAAGCAAAUGCAAAUCGAGCCCCUGAAGAUGUGGCUACUGCUGCACGGCUCUUGUCCACCGCUCUUUCUCUACAAGCUCAUUUGAGGGUUCGGGUGACAAAGAGAACCCUAAAUGAUGCUCAGGGUCACUGCUAUGAUGGAAUCAAAGGGAAGUGGAGAAAGGAGAGCUCUGACAACUUCAGCACCCCACCAUGCAAGAAAUCGCGGACGACACCUGCAAAGUCUUCAUCUUCAGAGCUUGGUUCGGAAUCCACACCUACCCCCGAUACAUCCUCAAAUUCACGGGAACCUUGUACUGCAAUGGUCCUUGCGGAUGCGGACUGUAAGGCAGGCGAGGUGGAAGAAGAGAGCGAGGAGGGUCAAGGGGAUGAAGAUGUUGACCGCCUGAUUGAGCAAGGAGUGAAGUCAGGAAUCGAGAAAAAGGUGAUGGCCACUUUUCCGCACAUCUUCAUGGGCACCAAAGGAAAGAUGAAGUCCGGCAUGUUGGGGCGCUGGCUGCAACAAUGUGAUGAGCAGGAUUGGAGGAAAGUUCCAUUUGAGAAAAUGUCAGUGAAAGACCAGCAAAUUAAGGAUCUACCAGAUUGGAUCCGCUUGCCAAUGGGAUUGCCACCAAGAUCGCUUGACAAAUUCAAGAGCGGGUCUCAUGUUCCAAUGGCGGUCACUAGACAAAUCAUUCAAUGCAUCGAGAAGGUCACCUGUGGAGGAUCGGAGCGCUUGACCUCUUCGACCUUGAACACUGAGUCCAUCAGAAAGCAGGCUGAUACCCUGCUGGCCACCUACAACGAAGCUCAGAAAAAGGCAGCAGAAGAGAAUGGCAUUGCUAUGCCAGAUGUGAAGAGCCAAGUUUCUGUUCGCUGGGUCAACCGCUUACUCCAACAUUUUGGAUGGAUAAGAGCAGCACCGAACACCCUCGGAGCCUACCUGGAGUAUGAUGACGAAAGAAUGGUCAAGUCCCGGCAAGCAUGGCAUUUUUUGAGGCUGCAAAAGAACACCAGACUUGACAUGGCGCUGAACUUUGACCAAGUGUGGAAGUGUAGCUGGAACACCCCAAAGAAAGUUUUGAACCGCGUGAUAGACACCGAUUGCUCCUCGAUCUCUUUGAAGGGCAAGCGUGAAGCUUUGUGGCAUGAGCUCGCAGCAAUGCAGAAGGAGAAUGUCACAUGGGAAGCAAAAAGGCACUCAAUUACCAUGGUGACAUCACUUUGGGGGUCUGGGGAAGCUGGGCCUCUAUGUUGUGUCUUGCCCGUGGGCUUCAUUUCUUCGGAAAAAGAGGCUGAACUCACAAAACGCUUUGCCCCUGAUGUCUACUUCUUGAGUUCUGGUCGACCUACCCACUUUAUGAAUGCUGAGUGCGUGGUGCAGUACUUUGAGAAAGUCUUGGCCGACGCUUUUGAAAGACGACGCACGAAACAAAUGAACACCUAUUCAGAGACUUGCCUUGGGUACAGAACGGGCUUGCUGCAGCAAGCAACGUCUUCCCCUCUGUUGAUGAGCAAUGGGAACUUGUACCUCUCGCUGAGCCAUGAAGAUUCCAUUUUGUCUUGCAUCUACGGAUGGCAAAAGAUUUCCAAAAAAAAGGACCUUUUGAGGUGGGCAUGGUUGUCAAGAGGGAUGGCUUCGUACGAGGAAAUGCAGGAGAUGCACCCCACAGCCCCGACUCCGGCAGUCAUGGAGUCCUCUACGGUGACUGACACAGAUGCUGAAGAUGAAUGGGAAAAAGAAGACUCUUCAUGGCGAUGCCUUCCCCAGCACUGGCAAGAGAUUCUCAACUCACGCUUGGCGAAGCACCAUUCUGCCAUCCAAGACGCAAAGGCAUUCUACGAACAUCGCCUUGAGGAGUUUGGAGCUGAAGAUGUGAAGACCAAGAAUGCCCAGAAAAAGAUGACUGAUCUCCAGUCAGGAAAGAAUUCAUGCUCAAUUGUGUUGAUCAUGAAAGGGACCGGAAAGGAAGGAGGGCAGGAUUUGUACAAGAGAUGCGUUCAGAAUCUGAAAGGGGAGCUCAAAGUGUCUGUUUCAAGCAAAGUGCUAGCCCACAAAGUUUGUAUGGAGACGUUGAAACUGGUCACGCUUGAAGAUCCCCCAGUCGAGAGAUCGCUUCGGAUAGUUUCUGUCACAGGCAAAAGCAAAGAAAUCCAGGAGGUGCGAUUGCACCUAAACCUUCUUUCCUUGCAGUCCAGCAACGUGUUGGGCGGCACGGAUUUGCCUUCUUCAGGGAAGGCUGGGGGCAAGGAGGUUGAGGUGGGUGCACAGGGUGGAGACAAGGAGGGAGAGACCGGUGAGGAAGCAGGCAUGGAGAACGUAGCUGUCCUUGAGGACCAGUUCGAGGCUGCUGAGGACGGUUUGAUUGCGGCUAUGCAAUGUGAGGACGUGCAUGAAGAUCCUUCAAAGAUGGAGGACGCUCCGGAGGCUGCAGUAAGCAGAAUCAGAAAUCUGAUUCUUACAGGUAUCGAUAGGAUUACAAAAUUAUAUAUACCAUGUGUUAAUAAUCAAAUGGUUCCAAAUCAAGCAUACCCCUGCAAGAUUGGCAACGGGGAUAAGGUACACAGCUCGUUCAUGCAUAGAGAAAUCCCUAUGUAUAUACGUUGA